UUCAAGCUCUGCAAGGUCCGAUCAGUGCAGUUUGGGCAGAAAGGAAUUCCAACAUCAACACAUAUGAUGGGCGACCCAUCCGGAACCCAGAUCCUCGCAUAAAAUCCAAUGACACCAUCAAAUUGGAUUUAGAGACCAGCAAGAUCACUGACUUCAUAAAAUUUGAUGUUGGGAAUGUUGUGAGGCUGACGGGUGGAAGAAACACAGCACGUGAGUGUUGGAGUCAUUAA